UCCGUUUUUACACAUACCCAUCGAUAUUAAUUAUAAGACGUUUUAAUUUUUAUUAUUUUAAUGAAAUUCUAAUAUAAAUAACACAUUUUACCUGAUAUUUCUGUGUAAAUUUUAGUGUAAGGGCUUGUGCGUCUGUUAUAUUCUUCCCCUGGAAACCGCACAGUCCACGCUAAGAUAAAGUAAAAAAAAAAAAACGAGAGAAAAAAAAAUAGAUCGGAUUAUUUUCGCUUUAAAAAAACGUAAAACCAGAUUGUUUAAUCUUUCUGUUAUGAUCUGUAAUCUAUACUCAUAAACGUGUAAACAAAAUAUUUAAAAAUGAACUGAGUAGCUGCUGCAAUAGUCUGGUGAUUAGUUGCUUUGAGGUAAAUAAAGGUUAUAACCAGGUUAUAAGAAGGUUAUAACUGCUCGAAGUGCCAUGCCAUGGACAGAGAGACGUUCGGUGCAUGCGGCAGCCUGGUGAAGCUGGAGCGCCAGCCAUGUGCCCAGCCGCGGCCGUCUCACUGUCUGCCCUACAUCCAGACAGAAAUCCCCUACAGCCAGUUCUUCAGCAAACACCUGCUGCCCAACCGGCCGUGCAUGUUCUCCUCAGCGUUCACCCAGAACUGGAGCUGUAGGAGCCGCUGGGUCGGCCCCGACGCCAAACCCGACUUCCACACGCUCCUGCAGGAGUUCGACGAGAUGCCGGUCCCAGUGGCAGACUGCAGCACCAAAGAGUACAACUCCAACCCCAAGCACUCCAUGAGCUUCAGAGAUUUCAUCUCGUACUGGAGGGACUACAUCCAGAAUGGACACUCAUCACCCAAAGGCUGUCUUUACCUCAAGGACUGGCACAUGCAAAGGAUGUUUCCAGAUCACCACGCCUACACUACGCCCAUCUACUUCUCUUCUGAUUGGCUGAACGAGUACUGGGACACGCUAGACUUCGACGAUUAUCGCUUUGUCUACAUGGGACCUAAAGGAUCCUGGACGCCAUUCCACGCUGAUGUGUUCCGCUCCUACAGCUGGUCAGCGAACAUCUGCGGCCGUAAGAAAUGGCUGCUCUACCCACCAGGGCAGGAAGAAUACCUUCGGGACUGCUGUGGAAACCUGGCCUAUGAUGUCACUUCCCCCGCCCUGCAGGAUCAGCGUCAUUUCCCACGGUUCAGUGAAGCAUGUCGCCCCCUGGAGGUCAUUCAGGAGGCUGGAGAGAUCCUGUUCGUCCCCAGCGGCUGGCAUCACCAAGUCUACAACCUGGAGGACACAAUCUCCAUUAACCAUAACUGGCUGAACGGCUGUAAUAUAGACAUAAUGUGGGAGUUUCUUCAGGGGGAGCUGUCCUCUGUACAAAGGGAGAUAGAUGAGUGGAGGGACACCAUGGAUUCCUGGGACAGUCACUGUCAGGUGAUGAUGAAGUCAUGUACGGGGAUCAACUACGGUGAAUUCGCCUCCUUUCUCAGAACCAUCGCUAAUCAACGGAUCUCCUUCCUCUCCUCUGGCCAUGGUAAUGCCGUCUCUGAGACACUGGGCGCUCUUGGGCCUCACCAUGCGACCUUUGAUCUUCAGAGGGUGGCUCAUACCUUAGAGAGCAUGCUCGUUAACGAGGACUUUAAGAGAGUGGAGGCCUCUGCGCUGGGCUUUAACGUGGUGGAACUGCUGCAGGAGAUCAGAGACACCAUCAGCAAAUACAAUGCCGUGUACUGAACAUUGCAUGAGGUGCACAGUGACACCAAUGCUUCAGUGUUUAUUCUGUAAACAAAUGUGAUCCUGAUGAUGUCACAUACUAAUAAAGUGUAAUUACAGACGAGUCUCGUUUACUCUGUUUUAAUCUUGAGCUGAACAAACAGCAGCGACCUGAACUCAGUC